GCCCGCCAUGACCCCGCCCCUUCGCGCGAGCUGAGGCGAGGCCUGCGGGAGAUGGACGUUUCCGCUCGUAGCGAAGGGGAGUGACACAGGAGGCGCAUCAUGAGGUUCGCGCACUUGGUGGCCCGCCAGCUCCCUGGAGGAUUGUUCUCCCUGAAAUGCUCCUAUCCCUCGGGGUGUCCCACUCCAGUGUUGUGGGCAACUCCCAAGAGCUUUUCCGGGUGUCCCAAAAAUAUAUGGAGUCUGCUCGGAUUCCUGGGCCAGAGACUGCAGUGCAUGAGGCUGAGGCCUUUCAGCUCAUCACAGGGUCUCUGUAAGUUACACAACCGAGACUUGAAACAGAUUGACCCUGCCAGCUCUCCUGAAGCUAUCAGGAAACAUGAAGAAGAAUCGGAAGAAUCGGAAGACGGUGAUGCAGAUGUAGGCUUCGGAACACUAUCUAAUAAAUUUUCUUCUAGAAAAUAUUUUAACAAAACAACAUCAGAGUUGCAGAAUUUAAGAUUUCAAGCAGAGGAGGAAGAAGAGCCAGAAUGGAAACCUAGACGUGGUCCUAAGAACACACCAUACUGGUACUUUCUGCAAUGCAAGGCACUGAUAAAGGAAGACAAGCUGGCAGAGGCUCUGAAGCUGUUUGAGGUGCAGAUGCUGAAGGAAGAGCGUCUGCAGCCAGAGGAAAGCAACUACACUAUUCUGAUUGGUGGCUGUGGCAGGGUCGGCUAUGUGAAGAAGGCAUUCAGACUUUACAAUGAUAUGAAAAAGCGGGGUUUAAUCGCCACAGACGCUACAUACACAGCCCUCUUCAAUGCCUGUGCUGAGUCACCAUGGAAAGAUUCGGGCCUGCAGAGUGCGCUCAAACUACGGCAAGAACUAAAGAGCAAAAAUCUGGAGCUGAAUCUGAUAACGUAUCACGCUCUGCUGAAAGUAUGUGCCAUCUGCUCAGAUCUCAGGACAUGCUUUGACAUACUGAAGGAAAUUGUGCAUAAAGGCCAUGCUGUCACCACAGAGACCUUCAGCUUCCUUCUCAUGGGCUGCAUAAAGGACAAGGAGAGUGGCCUCAGAUAUGCCUUGCAGGUUUGGCGACAAAUGACUAAAUUGGGAAUUAAACCUGAUGGUUACAUUUACAAUUUGAUGCUCCAUGCUGCAAGGGAUUGUGGAAUAGGUGACCCAGUUGUGGCUUCUGACUUGUUGCUAAGAAGCACAGAUGAAAACCCUACUCAAGUAAAGCUCAUAUCGGGUAGGCGGGGUCAAAAGGUGAAAGGUCAGAAAAGGAAGGGAGCAGACAGUGGAAUUUCUACUCAGUUGGAUGUGGAAACCAUGGAAAAACAAAUAUUUCAAGAAAAUUCCAGAAAAGCUGAGGAACACUUAAUCAGCCAUGGAGACAAAGAUGUGAGUGAGGUUCAGGCUGAGCCAGGAACUGGAUUAGCUGGUCUCACUAAUAAGACAGUAGAAUGCAGUAGGAUUGGAGACUUCAGAAGAAACCAGGCUAUUUCAGAUCCGCCUCAGACAAACCGAGGUCAGUUUUUUGAGCCUGCUUGUAACCUGCCCAAUUUGUUGGACUUGAAAAUCUCCAAUAAGAACUUGGUUUCCUUAGGGACCGUAGCAACGGCCUCUGAUAGACUGGCUUUGAUGGGGAACAUGGAGGGGUUUUUGAAUAAAAUGAAAGAGGACAAUGUGGCACCCAAUAUUAAGACUUUCACACUGUUGGCUGAGCUGAUUGAACCUCUGAGCCAGUCAGAAUCCUCUUUAUUGACAGUCUUGGAUGAACAUAAAGUGAAAGUAGAUGUGACCUUUUUUAAUACUUUGUUGAGAAAGAAGAGUAAACUGGGAGACCUAGAAGGUGCAAAGGGCAUGCUGGCAGCUUUAGUGCAGAGGGGAAUAUCACCCAACAUACAGACGUUUUGUAACUUGGCAAUAGCCUGCCACAGAGAGAGAGAUGGACUGCAGUUACUUUUGGACAUGAAGAAGUCUGGGAUUACUCCCAACACCCACAUCUACAGCACCCUUAUCAAUGCAGCUGUGAAGCAGUUGGACUAUACUUACCUCACAGAAAUCCUACGAGACAUGAGAAAGAACCAGGUCCCCCCAAAUGAAGUUGUCAUACGCCAGCUGGAGUUUGCAGCUCAGUAUCCACCUCAGUUUGACAGGUAUAAGUCAAAGAACACAUACCUGGAGAAGAUUGAUGGGUUCAGAGGCUACUAUUUCCGCUGGCUAAAAGCAAUGGUAGCAGAGGAGACUCCGCACCCAUGGGCAAAAUACAGAACUAAGGAUUCAGCUGCCAAGGGCAGUACAGAGGACACGCAGCCCCAGGGCACCAGAGAACAGUAACUAUUGAGAGCAAGUCUGUAUUCUCCCUGUGUGGAAUGUGCAUUACAUCAGAUGCUGGAACUACCUAGACAGGAAUUUGGAGGGUUGUUUCCUUCAGGUGUCUUAUAGCUGGCAGCACUGUACUUGUAUGUUCUGACUGUUUAAUAAAGUAUCAUCUCACCAGAAAGGAGAAAUAAGAACCAAAAAGGACUGGAUGGUCAUCAGCACUGCAUAGCUUCCCACCACUGUUAACAGAUGCUUAGUUACUAAGUGGCAAGCUUGUGUUAAAUUCUGUAAGAGGUUUUAAUUGUCAGAGUUGUUAGAAACAACUACUCAGUGGUUGUCUAAUUCAUCUGCAGAGGUAGAUCAUAAGGCAGUUUUUGAUUCCAUCUGUGUCUGUGUCCAGGCACCACUGAAGAAAAGGGCCUUUAGACCUGAACAACAGCUGAUGUCUGCUGCUCCCUAUAAAAGGAAACUAGCAUCUUCUUAGGGAACUAUCACCCCUCAAACUUCAGUAACAAAGGAAAUGUAAAAAGUAAGACCUUUUUUUUCAAAGGUCAAAACACUUAUUAGAUGCAAAUGUUUUGCUAUUAAUUUUCCACAGAAGCACUUCCUGCUGUUUUUAGUAAGGAUACAAUGUGAUUACAUGUAGCAGAGGAGAUGAAGUAUAUGAUAGAGAGAGAACUUAAAAUGCUUAACACUAACAGCUGCUUGUGAAAUACAGCUGCUAAGCAUUUGUAACAUUGACAACCUGAGGCGUUUUUGGCUCAAAUAGGAGACGAUACACAUUUGACCCUAGGUUACUUUCCUUACUGUUUGCCAAAGGGCGUGAUAAUUUCAUGAAAUUAAAUACUCAGUUUGUAGGUCCAUACUGUUCCACUAGACUUAUGCCAUUCCUGUUAAGCAAUUUAUUGAAAGCUGCCUUCCCCUCCACCUAGAGAAGUGUUCAGGGCUUGAAAGUUGGCGGUCUGGGACUUGCUAGAUUUAGUAACAGACAAGAAUUCCAAACCCCAGAAACUUACUCCUAACAGAAAGCUGUAACCCAGGGAGAAUGAGGAAACUUGAUUUUCCAAUGGUACAACACGCAAGCAAGCCAACUAGCCUCUCUAGUACUGAAAUUUGAAGUAAUAGAAAACCUGUACAGUAGUUUCUGUAUACCUGCCUCACUAUCUUGCUUUAGGGAGUCACUUUGUAAUUAGGACACUACUAUUAAAGACAAAGGGAUAGUUGUACAAACUCAGCUUCCAGGAUAUGGCAUAGAGUUGUCAUUUGUUAAGGAUUACACCCCAUUCACAGGUGCCUCUACUACUGACAAUACAGCUCUGCUGCCAAGAGCCACAUGCCAUUGUGUGUGUGAAUGUGUAAUCAGUCUUUGAACUGCCUUAUCACAAAAGAUUAUGCUACUCCACUGUGAGGGGAGGUAAGAUUUUAUUUUAAAAUAAAAUGGUUAUACAAGACUAGUCAAAAUCA